AAAUAGAAUAAGAAACAAAACAUGUUCGGCAGUGCUGAAAAUUGAAUUUAAUGUUACAAACACAUGGUUCGACCCAAGAUGUCCAAGUUAUCCCAUUUUUCCAUUUGUUCGCGUCGCGACAAAAGCGCAGUCAAUUUCAGAAUCUUAAAAUUUGAUGAUUAGAUGAUUUGACGAUGGUUCAGCAAGGUUUGUGAAAUUCAACGAGCAUGUACACAGAGAGUAAUAGUGUAGAAUAGGAUGGAUUCGCCAUUUCUCUUUCGUCGACAGGAACGAUCAAUUAAGACUGAUGAUCAUUCUAAAUGACACGAACGGGAGAGCACGAACGGUGGAAAUGGUGAAAUGACAGGAUAGAUGGACGCGGGCUCGAUGAAUGAGUCAGAUCGUAAAAGAUUGUAGGAGAAGCGCGGCGGAGUCUCGCGGGGGAGAGCGAGACGAGGCUGCACGAACGUCUCUGCGGGAGUCGCCUUACGUCGCCUUACACACUCGCACGUGUCACGUCGCGCUAAUUGAAUUCUAACGAGACGACAGUCAUUCGACGAUACAUGGACGAUAUCCAAUCGAUUCAACGAGUCUAUUCCAUCUAUUUGAUUCGCGCGAUUGUUGACAGUUUCAGUGGGAAUCAGAACUUGGAAUCUCGAAUUUGAAAUUAGACGAUACGGUAUCCUUGCUACGAGGAACGAAGCGAAUGGAUCGAAGGGGCGGUGCCUGAGAGGGCGAGUUUCUGCAUCACGUGGAUACAGAAAGGACGAGGAGUGAUUUAAGACUCGCCCAAAUCGUUACGGUUAUUUCUUAAAGGCAAACUGUUGACGGGAGUUCCAACACAGUUAUAUAGAACAAUAUGGAAAUGGACACGAAUAUCAACGAUGUAUUGCGAGAAGUGAUAACAUUUCUCGAAUGCCUUCGCGACGCGCAACUUCCGCUUGUGCUUGAAAACUUGCGAGAGAAGCUGUUGAUACGUUCGAAAAACACUCUGAGCGCCAAGACAACGACGACGACGACGAUGACGACGACGACGACGACGACGACGACGACGACGACGACGACGACUCCAGCAUCAUCUGUGGAGCCUUACUUGGAUAUGAAAUCCGGCCCAAGAAGCCUAUUGCUGACAAAGAGCGGAAUCGAUUCCGAGGAAUACGUAGGAAUGGAAGAAUCACAAAAAAAGCAAACUCAUCAAGAUUACUAUGAAACUUUCGAAAACGACUGCCAAAUCGCGGCCACGCCGGACGCGAAUGAAUUCCACGAAUCGAGCGAUGAUCAGAACGAGAGUCAAAAAUUGAUGGAAAUUUAUAAAAAUUUAUCAGCGAUGCAAAUCAGAAGCAAAUGCUACAAAUGCGGCCCGCUCUACAGGAAGGAAGGAAAAAAGUUAUUUCUGUCGGAAAACCGUGCCUGUUGGAUCGCAUUAGUCGGAUCGCAUUUACUCAUUUAUCGAAGCGAACGGCACAAUCGACCGUAUGCGAUCUACUCGAUUCGGGAUUACAUGGCCCGUCCGGCGCCAAAUAUGAUUCCUCGUGACCGACAAAAAAGCGAAUCGGCUUUCGAGAUGUACAGCCCUGGAAGUGAAACGUUGCAGUUUAUCGCGAGGACGCCCAAGGAUAUGGAGCAGUGGAUAGCCAAGGUAUGCGAGGUCGGGUGUUGCGACGAGAGCGAAAGGAACAAAGUGGAAGCUUGCAAGAAAAAAAGGCGGGCGAUCGCCGAAUCCCCGUUGGUAGACGAUCGUAAAGGCGACGAGACAAUGAGGCUGGACGGGCAUCGAAACGCGAUCAAGCCAAGUGUCGUUGAUAAAUCAACGGCCAAAGCGGAAUCGGUAAAUAGCACAAACAAGGAAAUCGAGCGAAAAGACGCAAGAGGAAACGCACCACCGCUACCAGCUCGAAUACCGCGACGACUACCCUCUUUACCUCUCGAUGAUCCUCUCGCGGUGUCCUCUUACAAAACGACUGUCGAGGAUGACGAUGACGACGAUGACAUUUACCACAGAAUCGAAGACUUGAAAAAUGAAAUGCGUUAUCAAAAUAUGGUAUUGUCAAGGAAGCACAUGCAUGCACAACAGGUCGAUGCUAAAGACAAGAGAUAUGACGAAGCUACCGCCUACGAUGAUGUUCACGUGCCAAACCAAAGGAACGAAAGAAACGAAGAAAGAGAGAAUAAGGGGCAGGUAGAGGAGAAAGAUUCCCGCAAUGCGGAGCCGCUUCAAGAAACAUACGAUGACAUCAUUACACUUUCACGAACCGAUUCUACGAACAUCGAACUAGAACGCAACCGGAACAAAGAUGCAUCUAUUGUCGAUGGUGAGAAAAAGGAAACGGAGGAGCUUUACGACGAUGUCGAAAAUUUGGUUCCAAACAGGAGAUUCGACAAAGAUCGUAUAAAGAAUCAGAAUGAAGUAUCGAGCAAGCAUCAAAAGAAAUCCUUUCUAAACAGGGUCUUGAGUAGAAAGGAAUCAUCCAGCAAAUCAGACAAGAGAUAUAAGAAUAACAUAUCAAUGAACCCAUCAUCUUCGAUUACGAAAGAAAGGACUUACGACGACAUGUCCGAUUUGACGCUGAAUCAAGAAUUCUUAGCGGACAAGGAGGAGGAAUUGUCGGAAUAUAAUUGUGUCCCUCCACCCAGACCAAUUUGCAAAGUGAUAAAAUCGCCCAUCGUAAAUCAAAAUUCCGACGAAAUUGAAGAAUUUUAUGAUGAUGUUAGCGCCUACCAAGAAGAAUGUAAUAAAAGUCAUCAGCAAACCCUCUCUUUUUCGACAGACGUUGAUCGGGAUUCAUGUGCGAAAACGAAAGAAACCGCACACAACGUGAGGUAUAAUGUAGAAUCGAUGCCCGAUAAUGAUUCUACUCGAGAGGAGAUCGAGCAUUACCAGUCGCCAAAAAGCGACUUAUAUAUUCCAGAGACCGAACAAUUAUACGACGAUAUAGCAUUGUGGGCAGAUUUUACGACACGACAAAGAAGCAUUAUCGGAAAGAGAGAAGAUGAGGAUGUAAAAUCGGUUGCUUCCGACAAGAAGACUUGGAAUCGAUUUACCGUCAACAGAAAGUCACGAGUCACGAACGACUUUAAUGGUUCCAUUGAUAUAAACAGACGAGCCGGUAACGAGGGCGAAGAAAUCGAAGAUUCACCUGAGAAUAAUGGAGUGAUCAAAAGGAAUACUUUUCAAAAAUUGAUUAGCAGAAUGGAAAAUUCUCUCGCCAAAGUUUCUACGAAAAAUCCGUCUUCGCUCUCGAUCGGCAAAUCAAAUGCACCAAAUAACAACUCGUGAAGUUGACCUAUCAGCUUUUGAAUAAAUUAUUGACUUUUGCAUUCAGAAUGAGUCUUAGCCAAACACCGCUACGUUUUGCUAUUUCCGAAAAAAAAGUGAUUGUUAUUGUUACGGUACUGUUUCAUACAUUGCUUAUCGCU